AUGACGAAAGUUACGGUUUCUGUUCUCCUAUUCUACUUACCUUAUCUGGUUAUUGCACGAAUUGGACAUUCGAAACAAAGUCACUGCUUGGAUGAAAUUAAAAGUGGUACACUAGCACUCGGAUGUCCGAAUAAUCAAUUGAUUAAACUCGGACGGAUAUUUUAUGGUUAUUCGUGGUCGAAUGAAUGUUCCUUUGUGGAGAAAGAUUGUACAAUGGAUGUGCCACGCGAAGAUAUUGUCUGUUUAACAACGACGAAUUGUACGAUUCGCGUUAUUGAACAUCCGUUGAUAUUACAAGACUGUUGGAACUUAGCUGCGUCGUAUGUUCAAGCAGAAUAUGAAUGCAUAGCAGAAUAUUCAUUGCAAAAUGUAUGUCAACCGCAAGAUACAACUUUAACAUACGGGUUUCUCUCAACGCCCAAUUAUCCCCAUGGUUUUUCUCCCAAUCUCAAUUGUCCAUGUGCAUUAUUUGCCACUCCGGGUUACGCGAUUGUUCUCGAAGUAAUCGAUUUUCGUUUGCCAACAUGCGCCGAAGCUGGUCUCAUCCUUUGGCUUGGUCAGGAUUUUCAAACGAAAUGUUUAACGCAAGAUCCACUGACUGUUGUUAGUAACGUUCAACAAAAUGUCACCCUGCGUUUUUAUACGUUAUCACAUAUGAAACACGGCGGUUUUCUAAUCAAGUACUCGGUUUUACCUGUUUCGAAUAAUGCCACAGUUCGAUUGCAAUGUUACGUUGCACCAGCUGUGAGUCGUUCACCAAUAUCAACGAAUUUUCCGUCGUCAGAUCUUUCUCAACAACUUCCCUCACAAAUUCCAGUAGGAGAUAAUGGAAUGAAUGUUGCGAUUGAUCGUGAAAGUGGAGUAGAAGGAAACGACGACAGACGAAGAAAAGGAGAUGAAAUGCCGUUUCCAUCAUUUGCUACUCAUUCAAAUGAUUUAAUAAAACGAUUUCCAUCCGGACAUGAUGAUUCUUCGCCCGUUUUUGGCACACUUGAAGAACCUAAAAAUAUCAUGUCGCUGGCUGGUGUUAAUAAACAGCAACAACAACAGUUUCAAGGGCUCAAUCAAACAAUCUAUAAGCGAUCACCUACAUAUUUAGAUCUAUUUCCAAAUUCGACAUCGUUUCGUCGCUCGAAUAUGACUGUGAUCGUUAUCUGUGUUGUUAGUGCAGUCAUUUUUCUUCUGAUCAUGAUCAACGCUCUCAUUUGGUUCAUUUUCUCGUUGCGACCAAGCAAGCCCAAACCGACUCCGCCUUUUCGAAAUUUCUAUCCCCAUGCGCCGACAUUGAGUAAUCAAACAAAAACAACUACUUCAACAUAUCCAACGCCAAUACAUCCUCGUCGACAUCACUCACAAACAUCUCUACGUUUAGAUGAUUCAUCUUUAAUGUCAAAUCAUUUAGUUCGCCAAGACCGAAUAUUGCCACAAGCAGCAGCAACAAAUCGUCUGAAAACUCUUCGUUCCUUACUUUUCCGUGGUCAUAAAACUCUUGGAAUGAGUCCGAUGAUCAUCAAUCGUUCGAACCCGUAUAAUCGUGAUCUGGAUUCGACAUUAUCAGGCUAUCAUAUACGUUCUUUAUCACAAUCUGUGAUUGAAUCUCAAUUACCAAAACCAUAUUACGAAGAACAAGAAGAUUGUGUAGAUCUGAAAUCCGAAUGCUCAAUUUUAACAAAUCGUAACCAUGGCCUAAUGAAUCCAAUCAAAUCAAAUCCUCAACCGCGACAAAUCAACUCCUGGGAUGACAUUUAA